AUGAACACUCAAGCUCAAUUGAAUUCUCCGUCACCACCACCUAGUUUUCAAGCAAGGGCAUCUUUUAAUCACCAACCCAUGAAUCAACAACUACCACCACAAACUUCAAAUUACAAUCUUGAUUCCAUUAUGGAGACUUUCACUACUUCCCAACUUCGACAGCAAGAGCUUAUGACAAAGCAAUUUGAGCUACAAGCAAAGCAAAAUGAACACUUUGAAAGCUCGAUUCAAAUGCUUAUUGCUCAAAAUAAGAGGAUAGAAACUCACCUUUCUCAACUUUCACAACAAGUGAGUCAUUUAUCAACUCUUCAUGAUCAAGCAAAAGUCCAAAAGGAACAUUGCAAUGCAGUUUUCUUGAGAAGAGAUGAAUUAUUUUCGAGGAAAAUAGAUGAGAAAGUGUGCAGUGUGGAGUCAAGAAAAGAUGAAAAUUGUGAGGAUGUAAAAAGUCCCAAAUAUGUUGCUCUACCGGCCUAUGAGGAACCGAUGCCCUUCCCGCAAAGGUUGUCAAAAGCUGUGCUCGAUAAACAUUUUGGGAAAUAUUGCGAGACUCUUAAACAUUUUGGGAAAUAUUGCGAGACUCUUAAAAAGGAAAUUAAAGAUCAACAUGAUGAUAAGGAAGUAGUAAAUGAGAAAUGCUCUACUCUUUUACGUGAUAGCCUACCACCUAAGCUGCAUGAUCCCGGUUUGCAAAAACUUAAACCUUCCCCUAUUUCUCUUCAAAUGGCUGAUAGGACUGCUAGACUCCCUAAAGGUGUGGUUGAGGAUGUAUUAGUUAAGGUUGGUGAACUUGUUUUUCCUGUUGAUCUUGUUGUUAUGGAUAUGAAAGAAAACCAUAAGAUCCCGAUUAUAUUUGGUCGCCCAUUCCUUGCCACAAGUCAAGCUCUAAUAGAUGUUCCUAAAAGACAAGUGACCAUUAGGGCCCAGGAUAAACAAGUAGUGUUUAAGAUCUUUAAUGAACAUAAUUUUAUAUUUGAUGGUGGUACUUGUUUAAGAAUUGAUGCUACUAACCCUUUGGUUGAUAAGUGUGUAUGUGAUAGAAAUCUUGUGAGAAACGAGGACAAUAUUCCACCAAAUGAUGUGUUUAGCUACAUGAAAGUAAGUUCGGAUACAAAGCAUGUCAAAUAUAAAAUGAAGGAGUCAUUUGGAGGCGGACAUUUUUAUGGGCAACAUCGCGGAGUUUCUUCUUUGUGUGGUGACCCAGGCUGA